CUUUUCCCUCCCUCCCUCCCUCCCUCCUCCCCCCCUCCCUCCUCCCCUUCGGGGCUCGCGGCAAGGAGAACAAAAUGGCGGCCGAAGUAGACGCACCCGUUGGAUGAAAUCAGGAGAAGGGAUUUCAAGAAAUGGCCUUGGCUAAUCUUUAUUUCCUUUGCCGUUGUUGCCAACUCUGCCAAAAUUCCCGGCAUCUGCCUUUUACUUCCACAAUCUACGGUUGGUCUUCAGCUAGGAAUAUUAGCCACUACGACGUUCUGGGGAUCAAACAAGAUGCUACUUCAAAGGAGAUCAAACAAGCCUUUUUUAGGAAAUCAAAACAGCUCCAUCCUGACAGCAACCCCACCAACCCAGAGCUGCACGGCCAGUUUGUGAAGCUGAACGAGGCCUACAACAUCUUGAGCAAAGAGCAAAGCCGCCGCGAUUACGAUGCCCAGCAAACCAUCCAGAAAACCCACCGAGGCUCGGCCCGAGACCCCUUCAGUGAUCCUCACAUCCGUCGCCAGCCAAGGAACCAGAAGGCCCGCCAACGUCCGGCUGAAGACCCUUUUAAUUCCAAGGGCUUCCAGGCAACCGGAGAGUAAGUCAAAGCAGGAAGUCAAUGCAGGGCAGA